AUGGCUGACGGCUCCCAGCGGCCGGGAGUUGAGCACCACCUCAACUGCCGCGACCACGGUCUGCAACUUCUCGGCCGUCUUGUCAAUCGAGGUCAAAUCCUGAUAGCUCAGAUUAGCAGGCAUCUUCUGAUGAGAUUCUUCACCAGAAGUGUACCGCCCCGAGUCAAUCCACGCAAGGCUUGUCUUUUGAAGAACUGGAAACUCUGGACCUUGCUUGAUUUGACCAACGAAUAUUUGACAAGGAAAUUGGAUCGUCAAACUCAUAUGUUAUAUGAACAAUCAGUUGUAGACUCAAAGAAGCUGCAGAAACUGGAUCAGUUUUUGACCUUCUUGGAACAUCGGUUCCUUACAUUGGAGGCUACCGGCAGUGAUAAGAUAAGUCACACCAAAAAGGCACAUGCGCUCAGAUUGAGGCAACAACAGCUUAACAAACUUCUGCAAAAUUCUGGAUUCAAGUUAAGAAAAUGGUGUACCAACAAUUUCCAAGUUCUACAAGGAGUUCCGAGGGAAGACAUCACUUCAAAUGUACAACUGGAGGAGACUUCAUAUGAGGACUACACGAUUAAGACCCUCGGAAUCACCUGGACACCAACGACAGAUCACCUUUUUGUAAUGAAAGCAAAAAUUUUCAUGCAACACCUCACAACGGAGGGUUAUGAGUACAAAGACGAUCUGCCGGCUCAUCUUCAGGAGAAAUGGAAACGCUACAGGGAGGAGCUAAAGGUUCUGAACACCAUAAAAGUACCACGUCACGUCUACUCAGGAAAAACACCUGUGACGGCAGAAAUCCACACAUUUGUUGAUGCCUCGGAGAAAGCAUAUGGAGCUGCUGCAUACAUCCGAGCAACAUAUAAGGACAAGCGAAGAACGAUCCAAAUAUUAUGUGCAAAAUCUCACUUAGCAUCAAUAAAUACAAUAACGCUACCGCGUCUGGAGCUUAAGGCUGCUGUAUUAGGAGCACAGUUGACCUCCAAAAUAAAGGAAGACUUGGCCAUGAAAAAUGCAUCCACAUAUUACUGGUCUGAUUCACGGAUUGUACUGUCAUGGAUAAAUUGCUCAUCAUCCAUUCGAGACAAAUUCGUUGCCACUAGAGUUGCAACAAUACAUGAGCUAUCCAUACCAAAACAGUGGAGACAUGUUGCAUCAGAACACAAUGCAGCAGAUGUCCUCUCCAGAGGAAUGACGGCUUCAAAAUUCGCGGAACAUGCCAUGUGGUUCUACGGCCCUAUGUUCCUACAUGGUUCAUCAUCCACAUGGCCGGCUCCUUUUAUUGCUACCAACGAGGAAUUAAUAAUUAUGAAUCCGCCAAAGGUUAGUCAAUCAUCCGUGAUGACUAUCACAAAAGAGGAGGACAUAAUAUACACAAUACAACAUAAUAAUUCAUUUAACAAGCUACUCAGAGUAAUAGCUUACAUGAUGCGCUUCCGACAUCAGAAUGGAAUUUUGCGUGUAGGAGGUCGACUGGAGGCGGCAAAUUUAUCAUUCGACUCCAAACAUCCGAUACUUCUGCCAUACAACGACCCUGUUGUGAAGAUGAUUCUUGUGCAAAUACACAAGGACAACAUGCAUUGCGGACCUCAGGCUCUAUUGACUACAUCAAGGCAGCAAUUCUGGAUCCUUAAAGGAAAAACUAUGGCUAGGAGCACGGUAAAAGCCUGUGUCAAGUGCACUAAAGCUAAGCCAAAAUUAAUGGAGCAGAUCAUGGAAAAUCUGCCACCACUUAGGGAUGCCAUGUUGAAUGAUGUGAGGAUACACAUCAGUGCCGAGCACCAGGGACGGAGGGGCAAGGAUGUGAGCGAAGUUGGAAACUCUCCAGAGGUGAGGCCUGCUCAUGGGGACGGCGAGCGGGAACGUGGCCGUGCUGGAGUUCAAGAUCGAGUUGUUUCCAUCUGGUCGUCGCGUCGUCACUGA